AAAAUAUAUAAAAAAAAUGUGUUUUAGUUGUCACCUUCUCUCCUCCCUCAAAAAUUCCGAAUUUACCUCGCGAGACCCUCCACGGCUUGCCCUAGCCAGAUGAUUCGGGUUUAAAUGAAGGAAUGAUUCUGGCUGGAAGUCUCUGUCUAACUCUGAAAACAAUAUGGUUUCUGAAACUGUUCAAGUGAGUUGUGUGACAAAUGGGGGGGAUAAGAACAAUCAAGGAUUUAAAAGAAAACAUUUGGGAUCUGAUGAGAACACCACAACUUGUUGUCAUGAUGAAAUGUCUGAUGACAAAGGGGAUAUAGGAACAUCUGGCCGAGAUACAACUACCUAUAUAAAUGAUGACACACAGCCUGAUGGUGUAUCCGUAAGCAGAAAAAGGACGAGGCUCCCAAAAGAAUUGACUUUUCAGGAUAUGUACAACAAUCAAGAUGCAUUUGAUGAUGACGAUGAGGAUGACAGUGACUGGGAGCCUGUACAAAAGCACGUAGAGAUUUUGAAGUGGUUUUGUACCAACUGCACGAUGGUCAACCUUGAUGAUGUUGUCCACUGUGAUAUAUGCGGGGAACAUAAAGAAUCUGGUAUCCUAAAACAUGGAUUUUACGCAUCUCCUUGUUCACCGGAGUUAGACCUUAUUCAGGUCGAAUCAGAAGCCAGAGAAAGAGACAAAGAUUUGCGCUUCGAGGCUUCAGCAUCAAACUGUUCUACAGCAGUUGGUUUUGAUGAGAGAAUGUUGCUACACUCAGAGGUUGAAAUGAAGUCGCAUCCGCAUCCGGAAAGACCAGAUCGUCUCCGAGCUAUUGCUGCAAGCCUCACUGCUGCUGGUAUAUUUCCUGGGAAGUGCUACCCAAUUACUGCAAGAGAAAUCACUCAGGAGGAGCUUCAAAGGGUCCAUUCCUUGGAACAUAUUGAAACUGUUGAACUUACAAGCCAAAUUCUUUCCAGUUAUUUUACUCCUGACACAUAUGCUAAUAAGCAUUCAGCACAUGCUGCUAGACUUGCAGCUGGUUUGUGUGCUGAUCUUGCUUCAGGAAUAUUUUCUGGACGUGUGAGAAAUGGUUUUGCUCUGGUUCGACCUCCUGGCCAUCAUGCUGGUGUUACACAAGCAAUGGGAUUCUGCCUCCACAACAAUGCAGCAGUUGCUGCAUUAGCUGCUCAGGCUGCAGGGGCGAAGAAGGUGCUCAUUGUUGAUUGGGAUGUUCAUCAUGGAAACGGAACCCAAGAGAUUUUUGAACAGAAUAAAUCUGUGUUGUACAUAUCCUUACAUAGACAUGAAGGAGGAAAGUUCUAUCCUGGUACUGGGGCAGCUUAUGAGGUUGGUACCAAGGGUGCAGAAGGAUAUUGUGUGAAUAUUCCAUGGAGUCGUGGAGGAGUUGGAGAUAAUGAUUAUAUUUUUGCAUUUCAACAUGUUGUGCUUCCAAUAGCUUCCAAGUUUUCUCCUGAUUUUACCAUCAUAUCGGCAGGAUUUGACGCUGCUCGUGGUGAUCCUUUAGGAUGCUGUGAUGUGACUCCAGCUGGUUAUGCACAGAUGACACACAUGUUGAGUACCCUCUCUGGUGGAAAGUUGCUAGUUAUACUUGAGGGCGGUUACAACCUCCGUUCAAUAUCAUCUUCUGCUACUGCAGUGAUUAAGGUACUGUUGGGUGAAAGUUCUGGGUAUGAACCGGAGAAUAUUGUUCCUUCUAAAUCUGGUCUGCAUACAGUGUUGGAAGUCCUGAAGAUUCAGAUGAAAUACUGGCCAACGCUAAGUUCAAGCUCUGAAAAGUUGCAGUCACAAUGGGGGAUGUAUUCUAUGGAGAACAAAAAAAAACAAGUUAAGAAGAGAAGGCUAUUUGAGCCACCCCUAUGGUGGAGGUGGGGAAGAAAACAGUUAUUGUACCAUAUCCUUACAGGGCAUUUCCAUCUAAAAUGAAAGAGUGGGUGUUGGAAAAUUUUGGGAUUUCAUCAUCCUCAUCCCCUUUUUUAUGCUGUAAUUUUUGUUCAUCCUAGUCAAGACACAAGAUACAUUUCGGAUAGGUUUUACCCAUGACUGAAUUGUUUUAAUGUUAUUGAUGAUGAUGUGCAUCUCUUUUGACCUA